AUGAGCAAGCGGAAUCUAUCAGUCGACUAUGAAGAUCUAGAUUCAGAAUUUGAUUUUGCAAAUGAUGCUGGAAGCAGUGUUAAUGGAGGAAAAAGUUGUCGAAUACGGGAUGAUGAAUUAUGGAAGAAACCACGAUUUGGAGAAAUUGUAUUGCCAGAUCGAAAAAAAACAAAAGACGUAUUUGAUAAAGAACAGUCCUAUUUUGAGAGACGAAAACAACGUUUAAUGACACUAGACGUUUAUUCUCGGCACAAAGAACUCAUAAAUCAAUAUUAUCUCUGUUAUCCAGGUGCAACAACAAGACUGCAGAGAGAUACAUCCAGAGAUCGUACUGAUUACGAUGUCCUCAAAGAUAAUCACAGAUUUCUUUGGAAUGAUGAUGAGUUAAUAAAAGCGGCAGAGAAGUCAUGGGAAGCCCGUUUAGCUAAACGAUAUUAUGAUAAACUUUUCAAGGAAUAUUGUAUUGCUGAUCUUUCGCAAUACAGAAAGAAUAGAAUAGCCAUGAGGUGGCGAAUUGAAAGAGAAGUCAGGUCAGGAAAGGGCCAAUUUGAAUGUGGUAAUAAAAGAUGCACAGAAAAAGACUGCCUUACUAGUUGGGAGUUACGACUAUGUCCCGAAUGCUCGAAAAUGCUUAAUUAUCACUCGCAGAAAAAGAAACUUGAAAAGAAAGACAAACGCAGAAGCACAAACAGAAGCAGAUUAUCUAAUGUUGAAAGCCGAAACGAAGAACUUUGCGAAGCAAACACUUCAGAGAUUCAGAAGUCUUCAAUUUCUAAAGAGAUGUCCGAAGAAGUGGAGCAGAAUACUGCUGAAAAAUUGGAAAAAGAUAAUUUAAUGGAAAUCUGGAGGAAAUCACCGGAAGUCAAUGAUCCGGAAAGAGUUGCUGAGCAAGAGCUUGAUGAUUUCUUGGAUGACUUAUUACUGUAG